UUCGUUGAAGGAGAUUUAAAUUUUCAAAAUGUCAGCUACGUUAGUGCGUUUAGUUUGCUGUUAAUUAUUGUUUUGGAUGCGUCUUAUUCCUAGCUAGACUUCAGAGCAAGGUACAAUGGCGAUUUUGGAGGAGAGUCUGAAGACAAUGGUGAGAAUCUUUAGAAGAGAAUGUCACCGAGUUCUGGAAUCGGAGAGGACAACUAUUCUGGGAGCAAAUGAAAUAUUGAUGGUUUUACAACUUACCAUAGCAGACGUCAAUAAACAGGAGUGUGGAGAGUUUAGUGUGGCGCUGAGUGAAGUUCUAAAGAUCUGGAAAUACUUACUGUGUGACAAGCUUCACCUACCCCACAACGACUCCCCACGCCCAGAGAACUAUGACCUCAUUCGCAGAGCGUACGAAUCCUUUCUGAAACGGACAAACUCUGUGGACCUGAUUGAUAUCCAGUCUAUGUACAAACAGCUGAAAGUCGACUCAGACCCAGGGGAGACUUUGAGCUCAAUCCAGCUGUUCCAGUUUCUGACAGGUAAUACAGAGACUGGUGAUCUGAGGGAUUCCACAGUCCCUUUAACUCCAUCCAGCAAGUCAAGGCCAUGCAGCACACAGGUUAAAAAGGUCAUGAGGAUGGUGUUCUGCUCAUACUUAAAUCUGCUAGUCAACACCAAGAAUGACAUAGCUUUAGCACACAUUCUUGACACACCUAAUCGUUCGCUUGGACGCGUAGCAUUUACCAACCUCAAGCAUGCAGCACGAGACAAGGACACAUCACUCUUCCUGGCCGUGACCUCAUUCGUAAGGGCCAUCCAGCUGGGGGGGAGGGGCUAUGCCCCAGCUGAGUCUGAUCCACUGAGGAAACACUUAAAAGGACUAUCCGACUUUGUCCAUUUCAUGGACAACUUGGACGAGAUACUGGGAGAUAACCCCGACCCCAGUAUUGCGGGAAUAAGACUAGUGACCAGUAUUAGAGCAGCUCUUGUGAAGGGCCGCAGCAGGGAUGAUGUGGUGUAUGCUGCAGCAGAGGAAACUGCCAGGGAUCUGAACAAGAGGAUCCAGCAGAUCCAUCAGACCCGGAAUAAGACGACUAGUGGAACAGGGAUAAGCCCAGCCAGGCCCAAAGCGUAUGCGAUCAACCACGCCACUGCGUUAGGAGGCCGGGAGACAGUGAAGGUCCUGAUGGCGCUGCUCGAUGAGGAGGCCCUGGUCCCAUCGUGCAGGAACAAGGCAGACCUGCUGUCUGAGGAUCUGGCUGUCCUCACUGGGGCAGAGGAGACCUGCAUGCUCACACUGUUCAGAUCUCCUGCAGCUCCUUCUGUGUCUUCUCCAAAGCCGCUGGCCAACCGUCUCCAGGAUCGUCAAGACUCCUUUAAACCCAAGGGGAUUCAAACCGUCAACCUCCUGAUCCUGAUGGUCAGGACUCCACCCUAUUGACAUGUGGGCAAGAUCUGCAUUGUAGAUUCUCAUUUUUUUUUCUUUAUCUAGUUGAGUCAUAUCCGUAGGUAUGUAUAUGUUAUUUUAGCAUCUGGGACUGUAAAAUAAUCAAAUAUUAUACUUUUUUUUUUUCUGCAGCCAAGGAGGCUGUGUGGUAUAUACUUAUACUUGGCAUAAACAGGUUUCUGUUUUUCAAUGGACUAAAGAACAAUGAUUUCAAGAGGGUCCUGGUACAUGGGUAUGUUUUAAUACACCCUACCAUAGUAGUUGCCAAUAUCCAGUAUCCAGACAUCAAACUGCUGAAUCAUUCAAAGAUUAUCUCCAAUGACAAUUUUAGAUUUAAAGGGUUGGGCUGUUCUUUCAACAUGGAAAUAAACUGCUUGAACCCCUUUAAGCAUGUAUGCUAAACGCAUUUUGUAAAUGGCUUCUUUAUUUGAUUGCGCUAGCAGAUGUCACUUUAGCUCCCCACAAUCCUCCGGUCUUCCUGUUUGAGUGCAAUGUAAUGGUCCCUGGGUAGCUCACUGUUUCCUGAACUCGGCCGGCGGAAGCUUUCUGCAUCAAAUUCACUUUGAGGAUGCCAUAUCAGUGGUGUAACUGGACUGGCAGGGUGAACUUGAAAGGUUAUUGUUUCCUGUUGUCUGCUGAAUAACUUUAUCCUGCUAUCCUGCUCUCUUGAACAGUUUCAUCAUGUGCUGACGUCAACUGGCACACGAGAGAUACUGCAGACAGAUGCAGUUUCUGCUUUGUGUUUCCCCACAUGCGUUUCACUUUUUGGAUAUAGCUCAAUCCAAGCGAGAUUAUGAAAACAUCAUGCACAUUUUUUUUUUGUCUGUUUUGAAUUUAAUGCCAAGAGAAAGUCUUCAUGAUUGGGAAACUUUGUGUAUUUGCACGAUGGUUGAAAUUGUUGCAAGAUGCAUGGUUGUGGCCUGUCAACAAUUGUGAGGGAGCGUGCAUGUGCACUUUAAAAAUGGGUAAAACGGUAGCUGCAUUUCCAGUGUGCCUAUGCCCCACAGCUAGAUCAUCAAGCCAUUUGCAUGGCGUUCCUACCAUCUUAAACACUACUUUAAUCCACAUGACUGGAACCCCAUGUACGUGCCUUCUGAUAAUCUGCAAGAUUAUGAUGUUAACCAUUUGGAGGCCUGCCUGUAGUGCAGUCUAUUCUUGUUUGGAGUUUGUGGGGGUCAUUCGGUCUACUGGGGUUAUGUAAGGACAGGACGGCCUCCACCGACCACUCCUUCCUCCAGGGAACGGAGGACUGAGCGCGCGGCGCCACAUCAGGCCCCCACCUGCUCUAAUUGGAUUAGGUGUUCUAUCCACUUUGGCCCUGUUUGCCAUGUCUCGGCCUCUCUCUCAUUGUUUCUGAGAGGUGUGUUAUUAAAAUGCAACGGGGGCAAGCCAAGCCCUCUUUUUAGCUCCCAUUAUUGAAGCUCCUGGUCUGAGGGUUACUGUUGUUUUAGGUGCUCUUUUGAGAAGUUCUGUGAACAUCCCCCCCACCUCUCAGGUCUUUGAUCCACACCCAGCUUUUCAAACUGUAUUUCUUUCCUCACAUUCGUCUUCCCUACUGCGGCCCACUAGCCCGGAGGGUGAAGUUCUUGGAUCCUGAUAAUCCAGACCAGGCGUAGAUCAAACGGUGGAUGAAAGGAGGGGAUCACUGUGUGUCCCUGGGGCUGGGAUUGAGGCCCCUGGAGGUCAUUGACUUUAUCUAGGAUGUUCUGCACCCACUUCUUUUAAUAGGCUACCCUAGUCAAGUUUUGGCCGUCUAUGGAAUGUUCGUUGUCUAAUUGUGAUUGCAAAAUAGUUCUGUGUCCCUCCUCCCCCCAAAAAACAUUUUUUCUCCAAGUUUAAAACUAUUCCGUCUUUUU